UUUCCGCUGCAGGUUUUCCAUCUUUGGCUGGGGGCGGAGGAGGAGGCAUCAUGUGGGGUGGUGGAUUUGUCUUGAGCUUGAGGAAAAUCUGCCUCAUUCUCCCAAGAUCGGUGGGCUUCCCAGGUUUAGGACCCUGGAUAACAGUCACAGAAGGCUUCUUGUCAGCCUCACGCGGGAUAAGCUCUGCAAUCAAAACUGGCAUGCAUGAAGUUGUGUGAAUGGCGUUUAGGCUGUGAAGGAAAACAUCAGUAUCAAAAAUCACUGAGAGAUUAUUUAAUGUAUGGUGAAGACAAGACAUGUGGUACUCUGAUGGAGUAAGCUGAUAUCUAUUUAAGACUGACCGGCGCCACUCACGUCGGAGGCGAAUAACGCGUCGUCGUCGUUGCCGUUGGGGGAGGCGGGAUUAUUUUCAGAUCCAAAAUCACCAUCUCCAUCCAACGAAUGUUGAGUCGGGGGAUGGGCCUCAGAGAUAUUGUCGUCGCUCAUGAAGACAUCGGCCAUGAAUUGAUUGAUGGUUUAAGGGAGCGAGUGAUGAGAGCUUUUUCUUCUUCAGAGAAGAGUCAAAAGCUUAUGGUUACGGAGUCAAAAGAUAUCGUCUUUCUUUCUUAUUAUAUAGAUUCCAUUCCAUUGGGCAUUUGAUCUGUUUCUCAGGUUGUGAUGGAGACUUGGGGUUAAACUGGUCAGCUUAUUCAGGAAGAGUUGGUUAUCUAUGGGCUUGUCUCUUUGUGAACAAAUGUGUUGGUGCAGAAACUUUGUCUUCAACUACCAUUGUAAGUGAAAUGCUUAGGAUGUUAAAAGAUUUUGAUACGUCGCCUUUUUUGUCACUAUAAUAUCUUUAUGACAAAGAAUAAGUGUGCUGCGCCAAGUUACUGAGGAGAUUAUCAAGGAAGGUAGAUCAAUGGCUAAGAAUGGAAACUCGCCCCUUAUGUUUCAAUGGUAUGGCCAAAGGUACUGGGGCGCAGCACAUGGGCUUGCUGGUAUCAUGCAUGUCUUGAUGGAUGUUCAGCUGAAGCCAGACGUGGCAGAGGAUGUGCGGGGAACCCUUAAGUAUAUCAUCAACAAUCGGUUUCCAAAUGGAAACUACCCUGCUAGUGAAGAGGAUAGGAGAAGAGAUUUUCUUGUGCAUUGGUGUCAUGGAGCUCCCGGGACGCUUGUGAAGGCAGCUGAGGUGAUGAUUCCUUUUAAUGCUUUCUAGACCAUUAUUGAUCUCUGGGAUAUGAAUGAAACACAGGUUUUUGGGGAGAGAGAGUUUCUGGAGGCUGGUGAAGCUGCAGCAGAGGUGGUUUGGAACCGUGGAUUGCUCAAGCAGGUGGGGAUCUGUCAUGGGAUCAGUGGCAAUGCAUAUGUUUCUCUCUCCCUUUACAGAGCUACUGGACGGAACGAGUAUCUGCACCAGGCAAAAGCCUUCGCCAGCUUUCUGCUUGACAAAGGCCACAAGCUACUCUCAAAAGGAGAAAUGCACGGAGGUGAUAGUCCUUAUUCCUUGUUUGAAGGCGUUGGAGGGAUGGCCUAUCUCUUCCUUGACAUGGUCGACCCGUCGCAGGCCAGGUUCCCAGGUUACGAGCUUUGAAGUGUUAGAUCGAUAAAGUAUCUUUGCUCUUCGAAUCCUACUUUUUUAAGCAAUAAAGUAGACACAAGGGUAGUCAUGUGGUGUUUUUAUUUUAGUAAAAGCAAAAUGAUGGUGUUGUUUGAUAGUGAAUUAGUCAGAGUUGAUAUGUCUAGUGAAAAUGUGCGGAGGUGUCUCUGGAAACUGUUUUUAACUGUAUGAAUGUUAGCGUGAGGUCGUGAAACAUGAAGUGACCACAAAGGUCUGUAUUGUCUCCGAGUAUUACAAGGGGAAAAAAAUAAUCCCAGAGCACUUAUCUUUCUGGAAUAUGCAUGGGCCUGUACACCAUCAAUCGCAUUUGCAAAAUCUGUCUUAUUUUCUUUGAAUUUAAAACAAGAGAACUCUGCUGCUGAUCAUUUCCGACAUUGUUGAUCUUUCAUUUCACUUUGAGUUUAUUUCCUUUAACUGGAUUCCUAGAGAUAGAACUCUGCUGCUGAUCUUUUAAACAAAACAGGGUCUUGUAGAUGGUGAAGUCUCUAUGACUAUCACCUAACUCUCUCUGUUGCAUUAAUAUAAGUUGUGUUUCAAAAAAAAAACAAACAAGAGAACAGAACAGAGUAUAUUUUAUGUUCUGCCUCUUCUGGUUUAACAAUGUCCAAAUCUGUUCUCAAAAGUCAAGACUCUUGACCCUUGAGCACAAGACGCUCAGAAUCUCCAAGCUCAACUUGACCGCUCCUUUCCAGCCAACCCUGAAACAUAAACUCUAUAGGCUCCAGCGACUUCCCGGUUCUCUCCGGGACUAGUAGCGUGUAUACAAAGAUAACCUUAUUAACAAUAGGCUUAUUGUCUGACAUGUUCCAUGCUAGAAAAAACCUUCAUCUUCUUUUAGAUUCUAAAGAAUUAAGAAAAAUAAUAUACAGAUUCACUUGCGCUGCCAAAAAAAAAGAAAGGGCAAUCAAAUAUCCUCAAUCGAGAAACACAGAGGCACUAGAGGCAUUGUGGGAUAUUCUGGGAUUGGGCUAUGCCAAUGUGGAUGCUCGUUUUAUCGACAAUGGAGCUGUUCUUCACUUCACCUUUUUUAUGAAACAAUGCAAUUUUCAUUGAUAUUUUAGUGUUUGGCUAGAUUUACUUCCAUCUUCUAGACAGCCAUACCUCCCACAUUUGGUUACAGAGACACUUGCGAGUGUUUUGUAUGCUCAGACAGACACCAAUCACUUUCUAUAUGUUGUGAAUGUUGAUAAUUCAAAUUCAGUGAAGCAUCAAUUAUUCUCUGUUUGUAUACAAUAAUCUUUUCUUACGAGAAGACAAAAAAAGAGAGAAAAAAAUCUUUGCUUCAAAGAAUAAGUAUAACUGAAUAAUAACAAACCCUAUAAUAUUGGCGACCAUAGUGGAACCGAACCAACUUAUGACUCAUCUAUUGAGCCGCCAUUUUUUUUGAAAGUUACAAAAAAGAUUCUCUGUAACUUAAGAUUUAAAAUCUUCCCUACUUCUCUCUCUCUCUCUCAUAGAGGAAGCUCUCAGAGUAACAAUGAAGAGUUGUGAGCAUGAAAAUGUUUCCCUGAAAACAACAAGCAGAGGAAAGUCCCGCGUGGUUAGUUCACGUUUCCUCUCUCCGUCAUCAUGUUCUUCUCCUAUCGGCAGAAACUCCACUUCCAAUUCAUCUUCCAACAACGUCCAUCUCGGUCUGAGAAAGAAUGAUCGGAUGUCAGAUGGGAUCCCAAAUCAAAGUAAUGGUCCUGAAGUUGACACAAAAGAAAAUAGUAGGCAGAUCGAUGAUGAGGAUAAUGUCAUACUUCCUGGCAGAUUUUCCGUUGACGAAUGUGCAUUGCACAGAUCAUCAUCAUUAUCAUCAUCAAGGAGAAACUCUCGCUCCUCUCUACUCUAUUAUAAUGAUGAAUCUGAUUCAGAGUUGAGUGAUGUGUCCUUUGCUUCAACAACUCUUAGCACAAGUCGUUCAUUAUCCAGGAGCCAUAAACCUGGUAUCAAAGUCUCUUCUAAAUAUCUGCAUGAUGCAAGGAAAGGGUGCACCACAAACAAUAUUAGGUUACAACAAGGUUCCCAGAGCUUUAGGGGUAUUGAGAGUAGGACUAAUUCAGCAGCUAGGUAUGGCAGUUCAAUGUCUCAGUGGGCGCUGUCACCAGGAAGAUCAUUGGAAGCUCAUCAGGCCUCGAGCAUAUAUCCAAGUUCAAACCUCAAGCCUCCAAGAGGUAAAGGCGUUGGUAAACUAUUCAACCUUGGUUUGGAUUUCUUCAGGAGGAGCAAGAACAAGUCUUCUCCCAUCUCUUCCCCAUUAAAACCAAAGACAGAGGCUUCUCAUCAGCUGAAGCUUAUGAACAAUCGGUUGGUUCAGUGGAGGUUUGUCAAUGCUAGAGCAUCGGCUGCAAACAAUAAUGUAGCCUCCCGAGCAAAGGUAAUGUCACUCUUUCUACUCUCUACAAAAAAAUACAGUUAUCAUCACUUCUACUCAUGAAACCUUUGCAGAAACAAUUACUAUGUGCAUGUGAUGCUCUUACCAAAUUACAAAAUUUGGUUCUACAAGAGAGAAUUAAUCUGCAAAAGAAACAGUUGGAAAUGAAGCUGGCUCAUCUCCUUGUUUCUCAAGUACGUCUCAGAUCCAAACCCAUUUGUCGAUUCUGGUAUUGCCAAACCCGCAGAGAUUAUCUUGCUAGUCUCUUUGAAGCAUCUGAUUGAUAAGAAAUAUAUAUAUAUAUAUAUAUAUAUAUAUAUAUAUCUGAAAUAGGUUAAGCAUCUUGAGGCAUGGGAGGACAUGGGAAGAGAACACUUUUCAUCUAUUUCCAUGACCACACAAUCCCUGCAUUCUCUUCUUUCCAGGGUUCCCCUAAGGGAAGGUGCAAAGGUAAAUUAGAUCUUGCUCAUCUGCUAAUUAAGAUUCUUCUUUUUUUUUUUGGCACUAACACCUAAAUGUUUUCAGGUGAAGAUAGAAUCUGCUGUCACUAUAUUUCGGAAAGGAGAAGCAGUCUCUGAUGCUAUCAUUUCUACUGUGAAUAGUUUUGCUCCCACGGUACGUUAUUUCGAUGCAGAGAGAGAAAAAAAAAUGUUGAUAUGCCUUGAAUCUGGAUGUUACAUCUAGGCGAUGUAUGUUACAUCACGUACAUCAUACCGACUCGGUUGCAUCAAGAGCGUUGCAUCAAGUUAUUAUGGAUGUUACAUCUGAUCGUGGGCUUAGGCCCAUGAGUCCGUUUAGUUUAGGGUUUUAGACGCGAGAUGUUACUAUAUAUAUCUUGUAUUCGAAGUAACCCUGAACUUGCACUCUGUAAACUCAAUAUCGCCUCCAAUAAUAAGAUCUCUCUUUGCCCGUGGACGUAGCCAAGCUGGUGAACCACGUUAAAUCUCUGUGUCGUUGUUACAUCAUUUUUAUUCAUAUGUUUCCGCAUCUGUUCCUUCUCACAAUUGUUACAACAAACUGGUAUCAGAGCUUCGGGUUGUGAUCUAGUGAGAAGAUGUCUGGAAUAAGAGCGAAGAUCGACAAGUUUGAUGGGAGAAAUAGCUUCAGUCUUUGGCAGAUUAAGAUACAGGCGUUGUUGAAGCAACAAGGCAUCUGGGGACCAUUGUCAGGGAAAAAAUCUGAAGCAGCUGAUUUGGAGACUCUAGAAGAGAAGACGUUCACAACAAUUUUGUUGUGUCUAGCAGACGAGAUCAUCAUCGAAGUGUCGGAUGAGAAAACUGCUGCUAAUUUGUGGUAGAAGUUGGAGAGCUUGUACAUGAAAAAAUCUCUGACGAACAAGCUACUUCUGAAGCAACGCCUCUUUGCUUUGCGUAUGCAAGAAGAUAUUGAGCUUCGCGACCAUCUUGACAAGUUAAAUUCGAUAUUACUGGAGCUGCGUAACAUCGAUGUUAAGGUGGAGGAUGAAGACGCUGCUCUAAUCCUGUUGGUAUCUUUGCCGAACUCUUUCGAGAACUUCGUGCAAUCGUUCAUUGUUGGCAAAGAUACAAUGAGACUGGAAGAAGUUAGGUCGGCGCUUCACAGUCGGGAAUUACGCCAUAAGGCAUCCAACUCAGGGACAUACAAUCAAGCUUUGGGAUUGUUUAUCAGUGGUGUGAAGGGAUAUGGGAACAAAAGGAAGUCGAAAGGAAGAAAAUUGUUUCCAAGAGGUCCUAAGCCAACUGAUACUUGCAAGUAUUACAAAGAGAAGGGACAUUGGAAGUCAGACUGUCCCAAGAAGAAGAAGGAGCAACAGUCUGGAUCUGCUGCAGUAGCUGAGGAUGAAGCCAAGUCUAAUAGUGACAUCGCUCUUGUUGUGCACAGACACACACACUCUUCUGAUGUGUGGGUUCUGGAUACAUGAGCAUCCUACCAUAUGACACCGAGGAGAGAGUGGUUUUCGAAGUACACAAAGGUACUUGACGGCAAGAUUAAGAUGGCAAACGAUUUUGUCUGCAAGAUUGUUGGGAUCGGCUCAAUCAAGCUCAGGACACAUGAUGGUAGAUUCUGCACAUUGAACGAGGUUAGGCAUGUUCCAUCAAUGACGAAGAAUUUGAUAUACAUGAGUCUUCUGGACAGUAGAGGGUUCAAAUAUUCGGGUGGCAAUGGAGUUUUGAAUGUCUGCAAGGGUUCUGAUGUGAUUCUGAAGGGUUUCAUGAACGGUACUCUAUAUUUGCUGAAGGGUACUACCGUUACAGGUUCAGCAAAUGUUGCAUCACCAGAGAUCUCAGAGGAAGAUAUGACUAAGCUGUGGCAUAUGAGGCUUGAACAUAUGGGUGAACGUGGGAUGCAACUUCUGCCGAAGCAAGGUCUUCUCUGUGGUCACAAGACCAAAAGUCUAGAGUUCUGUGAGCAAUGCAUAUUUGGGAAGCUGCAUCGAAAGAGCUUUCGCAAGGCAAUUCAUAGAACAAAAGGCACACUCGAUUACAUCCAUUCAGACUGUUGGGGUCCAUCCAGAGUAGAGUCCCUGAAAGGUCACAUAUAUUUUGUGUCGAUGAUUGAUGAUUAUUCGAGGAAGACUUGGAUAAUUUUUAUGAAGCACAAAAGUGAAGCAUUCAGUAGCUUCAAGGAGUGGAAAAUAUUGGUGGAGAAUCAAACAGAGAAGAAGGUGAAGCGACUUCGUACUGAUAACGGUCUGGAAUUCUGCUCAGCAGAGUUCAAUCAGUUUUGUAAGGAUGCGGGGAUUACAAGGCAUCUUACAGUCAGAGAAACACCACAGCAGAAUGGUGUAGCAGAAUGAAUGAACCAGACAUUGCUAGAGAGAGCAAGGUACAUGCUCUCGAAUGCUGGUCUGGAGAAGCGGUUUUGGGCUGAAGCAGUCAACACGGCUUGUUACUUGAUAAAUCUCGGUCCCUACACAGGCAUCGAGUGCAGGACACCUUCUGAAGUGUGGUCAGGUAUAUCUGCUGAUUAUUCACUUCUAAGAGUGUUCGGUUGCACUGUUUACUAUCAUGUAAGUGAAGGUAAACUAGAGCCGAGAGCAAGGAAGGGAGUUUUUAUGGGCUACGGCGAUGGAGUCAAGGGAUACAGGGCCUGGUCUCAAUCAGAAAACCGAGUGAUUCUAAGCAGGAAUGUUGUUUUCGAUGAAGCAUCUAUUGUAAGACCCGAUCCUGGUCUCUCGACCCAACUGGAUACAAAUGCUUACUUAUUAAUUUCUUUGCUUGUUUGAUUCAUUUCUAAGUCUUUUAUUUACUGUCAUAUUCGAAUAUGAGGUUCAUAAACAAACGAACAGAUUGCACAGCGGAAUAUAAAUGUGUAUAACUUGUAUUACUUAGAAACAU